CGGGUUAAUAUUUUGCGCAUGCCCAACUGUUCCAUAUCAAAUGCUUCAAACUUCAAACUUCGCCGUUCGUUGUUUACCGAAACAACCUAUCUAAACACGUUUGAUUGCGUUAAAAAAACAAGGCUCUAGCUCUUAUAUUGAUACAACAAGAGCUAUACGACCUGUAGCAUCUCUACAUCGAUUACGUUUUUUCCUUGAGAGAAAAUGGAUCGCGAAGGACCGAUCGCUCUGGCUGGUCCUGCUACAACAGGCCUUCCACCAAGAGAACGAAGCCGGCGACGCAAGAAACGGAUGUCUCGGGAUUUCGACGAAGCAAACGAGAGCUUGGAGUCACCGAGCUCACUGCAAGAUAGGGUCCCUUUGCAUGAAAUGGCAGAAGGGGAGAGAUCCAAUGCUUCUCCUGAAGAUGGUAGUCUAGGCCACGAAGGAAGAACGUCGCGAAGUCGUGAUCGUACUAGAAGAACAAAACACAGAGCAUCUAGGAACGAUAACGGUGAGUUCUUCAAUGGUGAUCCUUCCACACAGAUGCACUCCCUACAGCUUCCUGAAAAAAAGAGGCACAAACGCCCCCCUCCAGGGCCCCGCCAUGCUCGCAGGUCUGCAAGUGCAGAGGUCAUAAACCGGUUAGAUGGACCAGAUGAGAUGGAUGGAGAGAAUAUGAGCCCUACGCGACGGCGAAACAGGAGACGUCGAGCACAUGGAUCUCGAGACUUCAUGGAUGGAGAGGAAGUAGAAGAAUACAUGGUUGAUGGAGAGCCUUUAAAGAGACCCAAGCCUCACAAGCAUAAGUCAAGAAAGGCAAAUAGGCAGCAAAAUCAGGCAACAUCUGGAGAAGAAGAAAACUACAAUGCAGAUCUUGAUGGGGAAGUCUCCAUGGUAGACUACUACAAGGUUGACAAAGAGGAUCUAGUUGUGGCGGACUCAUCACUGGCUGCCCCGCCCCCAAACCCAAGCAUCGCACAGACCCUUCCCAGCCAGCCAUUAGAUAUUGUGUUUAUUCAGAACAGAGAUGGUCAUGGUUUUCGGAGUGAAAGAAAAGCUAGAAUGACACAGCUAGACAGUGAGAGAAAAGAUGCGUCACCCGUAAACUUGGGUCAUGAGCAGACAACUGCAGAGUUUGCUGUGUCAGUUCACAGGGCAUAUCGGUCAUUUGCUUUGUUUUGUCAUGGACUAUUAGCAGGUUUUGCACUUUGCCAAUGUAUCUUUGUCUACUCCCUAAGCACCCAUGGUGACACUGUAUUCCUGACAUAUUACUCAAAACUGGCCUUGCCCGUUCAGUCCCUGUACUACAUGCUGUUUGCCUUAUGUACUGUCUCAGUAUUCGAUAGAUAUGACAUGGCCAACCCAAGGUCUGGAUUUUUCCAUGGCCUGCUCACACGACCAUCUAGAAUACUCUCCAUAAGUGCAUAUCUAUUUGCUCUAGUGUUUUCCAUCAGUGUGGCAAAUAUUGAUGAUAGGAUCAGUCUACAUAACAAUCCUCCUGAACUGUGGGGAAGUAAAGAGACAACAUCCCUGCUAGACACGUGGCGAAUCAUAAACUUGAUGCGUGUUUUGGGCGCUGCCCUUGGAUGGGUCCUUGUGGCUCUUCAGCCAACUAAGGACUAUACAGCAGAAAAUCUGUACGAAGGCAAUCUCCUUGGCAAUGAUAAGACAGGCAACCACUACAGGCCCACUGUAGCAGAACACUACACCCCAGCGUGACCAUUCAAGCAAAAUAGGACGCCUGGAUGUGUUCAGCUCACAGCAGAAUGUUACUAUAACAGGCUAGGCAUAUUGUCUUACUCAAUUAAAAAACAAAAUAGAGAAAUCAUAUUAAUAUAAUUCAAUGUACAUGUAUUUUACUUAAAAGUCGUCUGGAGUGGAAUAGCAAUAAAGUAUUCAUAUUACAGUA